GGCUGCGCCUGGGUAACCCUAACUCACCCCAACAACAACAACAACAACAAAGAAAGAAAGAAAGAACGGAGGUGGUGGUGUAUUAUACAGUUUGCAAGUAAGCAACAGUUUGCACACACCUGCAGGAUGAAGACUGACCAGAUUCAGUACUCUGAGAAGUAUAGUGACGACAAAUAUGAGUACAGAAUUUAUGCACACUCCAGUGCAACCAUCGACUUCAGUACCAGAACCUCUACCAUCCACCUCAGCCCAGUAGGACCACAACAUAACUCUCCACUCUCUUCACAAUCAUCGACAAACACCAGCACCCACAAUUUAAGGCAUGUAAUUUUACCAAGUGAUGUGGCAAAAUUAGUGCCAAAAACUCAUUUGAUGACAGAGACUGAAUGGCGCAACCUUGGAGUGCAGCAGUCACCUGGCUGGGUUCACUACCUUGUCCACAGCCCAGAGCCACAUAUCCUGCUGUUCAGGAGGCCACGCACAGAUUUGGAAAAGGUACCAAGGGGUGAAAAGUUAGUGUAAACAAUUUGGAUCUACAUCUUCAUCUGUCUUUCCAAAAUUCUCUAUAUUUUUGUAAGCCUCAGUGGCUCAUACUGAAUAUUUUUGUAAAUUUUUUACUGUAUCUGGAUACAUAUUUCUUUCAGGACUUCUGGGGUUGUUUGACCAUCUCUUAAAAAUUCUAAAUUAUCUGUCUUUCAUAGUGUUCAGGUAAUUUAUUUAUGUUCUGAAUAAUAAAUUUUUUUUCAUGUUUUGGCAUUUAAUUUAGUUUUUUUUUUGGAGUAUCGUGUAUUAUAAAGAUGCAGAAAUCAGGAAGAAAUCAAAUAAUUUUACACCAUUAAAUUCAUCACUAGUACAAAUAUUUGUAUUCUUAGUUUAAGGUAGUUCAGUACUAAAAAUAUUUGACAUUUGUUGUAUAUAGAAUAAAUUAGAGUAUAUACCAUAUACAAUAUACAGUGGAACCUUGACUUAUGAGUGUCCCAAUGUAUGAGUUUUUUGAGAUACGAGCUGUCCCUGGGUCAAUUUUUUGCUCUGAGUUAUGAUCCAACAUUUGAGUUAUGAGCCAGCUCCCCCCCUCUUCCCCCUCAACCCAAAACCUGGACAUCUCUCUUGUUUAUCUAUGAUUUCAUGCUUUAAUUCCAUGAAAAUCAUUCUCUUUUUCUUCUCAGCACUGUCCUUUAUACUUACUUUCUUAGGACCCAUGCUUAGAAAAAUGAAAUUAGGCCAAAUGACUAUCAAAAAUGUAAGCUGCCGCAAGUUGGCACAGCUGAUGGCAAAACAUCCCGUCAGCAGUCCACAUGUUUACAGCGCUGUAGGAGCAGUUCUCCUGUGCUUGUUUGCAUUCUUUUUACAGUCAUUUGGCAAAAUUUCUUUUUUCUAACCAUGGGUCCUAAGAAAACAGUGCAAAGAACAGUGCUGAGAAGAAAAAGAUGAUGAUUUCCAUGGACUUAACCAGGCAAUACAUAAUAUGCCUCACCCUCAACAUCCCCCACCCUCAACCUACCCCACCCUCAUCCCCCAUCCUCAUCCCGCACCCUUAACAUCCUCCCACCCUCAACAUCCCCCAACCUCAACAUCCCCCAUCCUCAACAUUCCCCAUCCUCAACAUCCCCCACCAUAUCUGCUCCAAGUGUGUAAGUACAUAUACACUUUAUAUAAUCCAUUUUUAUAUGAUAUUUCUUAUUUUCUCUUUUUUAGUAAAUGUAUACAGGAGAAGGGGUUACUAGCCCAUUGCUCCCGGCAUUUUAGUCGCCUCAUACGACACGCAUGGCUUACGGAGGAAAGAUUCUUUUCCACUUCCCCAUGGACAAUAGAAGAAAUAAAAAAGAACAAGAGCUAUUUAGAAAAAGGAGAAAAACCUAGAUGUAUGUAUAUAUAUAUAUGCAUGUGCGUGUCUGUGAAGUGUGACCAAAGUGUAAGUAGGAGUAGCAAGAUAUCCCUGUUAUCGAGCGUGUUUAUGAGACAGAAAAAGAAACCAGCAAUCCUACCAUCAUGCAAAACAGUUACAGGUUUUUGUUUCACAGUCAACUGGCAGGACGGUAGUACUUCCCUGGGUGCAGUGCCUGCACUCUGAAGGAGGGGUGUUAAUGUUGCAGUUUAAAAACUGUAGUGUAAAGCACCCUUCUGGCAAGACAGUGAUGGAGUGAAUGAUGGUGAAAGUUUUUCUUUUUCGGGCCACCCUGCCUUGGUGGGAAUCGGCCAGUGUGAUAAUAAAAAAAAAAAAUAAUUUCUUAUUUAUAAGUACAUUGUUUCAGUGUUUUCUUUAGAAAACUAGUGAUCCACUGCAGUUAGCUUCAAAAAUACUCCGUUUUCUCUUACAGUAAAAGCAUGGGAAGAUACUAUAGUCAAAGUUGGACAGAAAUGGCGGACUCUUCCACCACUGCCUCUGCCACCAUAUUAUGGCCUAUUUUAUUCAUUCUAGAGUAUAUAUCAUGUUUCUGUGUUAAUUAUAUUGUUUAUUAUGUCAUAUUAGAUGAAUUGUGAUAGAUAAAUAAGCUGUACAGUUGAUAACAGCGUCAUAUUCAAGUAUUUUUACGUAGUCUCCAGAGUGCAGGUACGGAUUAAUGGCUUUUCAUUAAUUUAAAUGAGGAAAAUUAAUUUGAUAUACAAGUAAAUUGAGUUACGAGCUAGGUCACAGAACGGAUUAAACUCGUAAGUCAAGGUUCCACUGUAAUUUGUAUACUGUACUUCUGUGAGGGAAUGCUUAUUAGACAGUUUUCUGAUAAUUAUUAUAUUUUUUUUUAUGUAGUAUAAUUUUUUUUAUUAAAUCAGCAAUGCCAUUGUAAGGUAAAUUUUAAUAUAUGAUACCCUAGGAUUCAGUGUAUCAGAUAUUCAUUUAUUAUUUAUAGAAUUAUAAAUUUAUUCUUAGUAGUUAUACGCAAGAAGUCUAUAGUUUGAAAAUACCAGAAUUUAGUAAUGCCAUGUUUAUUUAGGAUGCAUAUAUGAAGCUUCAUUUGUCUCAAAAGGUAGUCAUAUACGUACUGCAUGAAGUAUAAGUUCCUGUAUAGUUGUCUCAUGUAUGUUACAGUGGUGUUCUAUGGUAAAUGAAUGUUUUAUUUCCAUGACAAAAUUUUUUAAAAGGUGAAUUUGCAAAGAGUUACCUAGAUUAAUAUCUGCAUAGUCUUUACUGUCAGUUUAUUUACGUCUUUACAAAGAUAAAUUUGGAAUGAAUGUCUUUGGGGCAGCUCCCUAGAUUUCCAUAGAAAUUUGUUUUAAUGUAGUAGCUUUGUAUGAAGUUAAGCAUCAUGCACAUAGUAUGAAGAUCAUUAACAGUAUUGUGUUUAUAUAAGUCCUGUAUUACAGAAUCAUAUCUUUUGUUAUUAACAUUCCUGAUGAAGUUUACCGAAUUAUUCAAUACAGUACAUAAACACAUCCUGGUAUACACCAAAAUGUUCAGGUGUUCUAGCAAGAUUUUUACUUAAUUGUUUUUUCUAUUAUUUACUUGUUUUGAAUGUAACUGGAGUAUGAAAUAGUGAUUAAAAAUUUAUAUAUAAUAAUAAUAUGUUUUACCAACAAAUAAACUAAGUAACUUAA